CUAAUACAGACAAAUAAAUGCUCACGUAGCGCGUAUGUGACGAUCCCCGGAGAAAACGACGUCUCGGCCCUCACAUAUUUUUUCUUUCUUUUUUUUAUUCUUUUUUCUGUUCAAUUGUUACCGGGUGAUGAUGUGGUAUGGGCAGGGAUUGGAAGCCUUUUCCACUUUCCCCGCUCGGAUUAAAACACACCGUGACGGGUUGCUCGAAUCUACCGUAGCUACUACCCCCAAGGGCAGAAUGUGCAGAUCCAAGUCAGGCCCAAGUAUAAAAUUCAUCUCACCUGCACGUCCGUUUGCCUCGGCGAUCGAGCCUCUCCUGCUCCUGGUAUCCGGCCUACUUCACCCCAAAAGUCAAUUGGCCCUAACUGAGCCCGAGCCCACAGCCAAUUCCUCGAGAAACGGCUCUUAGUCAGUCUGUCUCCGUAGCAGACUCAUCUGAUCGUCAUCAUGCGAGGCAGUCUGCUUGCUUUGGCAGCCCUGCUGGCGCCUUUCUGCGCAGCAUAUGCCAGCGGAAAUACCACUCAGUCGACGCCGAAGCCUGACAAAGAUGGGAAGUACUGGAUCUAUGGCAAAGGCAUCUCGGCGGCUUUUGUCCCUUACGGAGCCUCGAUAGCCAACCUGAUGAUCCAUGACAAGCACGGAAUCGAGAGGGACAUCGUCACGGGCUUCGACAACGCCACCUUCUUCACGGAGGACAAGAAGCAUGAUCACUUUGGUGGCAUUCCCGGGAGGUAUGCCAACCGCAUCAAGAACAGCACUUUUGAGAUCGACGGUGUGCAGUACAAGAUUCGGCCCAACGAGCACAAGACAGCCGAGUUCCCCGAGGGUCUCAACACCCUCCACGGAGGUCCCAAUGGGUGGGACUGGCGUAACUUCACCGUUGUCUCGCACUCCAACGAUAGCAUCACCUUCUCUAUCCACGACGCUGAUGGGGAGGAGGGCUUCCCCGGCGAGGUGGUGUCGUAUGUCACCUACACCUUGAAGGACAUGCAGUGGGACUUCAAGAUCGUCGCCCUCUCCCUGACCAAGAAGACCCCUAUCAUGUUGACCAGCCACACCUACUGGAACCUUGAUGGCUUCUCCAACAACGAGACAAACACUAUCUUCAACCACACCUUCCACAUGCCGUACGGUGGCCAGAGGGUUGCUGUCGACAACAUCCUUAUCCCGACCGGCGACAUCCUGGCCAACCAGCAAUACUCGGUCAACGACUUCUGGAGCGCACCCAAGCAGAUAGGUGCCAACCAGACCUCACCUGAGCUGCUUGGCAACUGCGGCUUCAACUGCACCGGAUACGACAACUGCUGGCUUGUCAACCGUGACCAGAGCGGCCCCUUCGAUUGGCGCGAGAGCGGACCCGUGGCGAGCCUGUCUUCAGACUGGUCCGGCAUCAAGCUCGACAUCUACUCCGACCAGGAGGCCUUCCAGAUGUACUCGUGCGGCGGCCAGGACGGUACCAUGCCGCUCAAGAAGACCCAGGGCAUUAACGAUAACCCGGACUUCCCUCGCACCAUUCCCAAGUACGGCUGCGUCGUGCUCGAGGUCCAGGACUACAUUGAUGCCAUCAACCAGCCCAGCUGGGGACGUCAAAAGAAGCAGAUCUUUGGCCCCGGCGACGACCCUUACGUCGUGCAGGCCAGCUACCGCUUCAGUGUGCAGUAAGUGCACAUUGGUGUUGGCUCGACACCGAGGAAAAAAAAAAGGAAAGGGUUAUGUUUGGAUGAGGCGCGUGCGACGACGAGCUGUGUUGUAUACAUGAUAUUUUUCACUGUCGGGAUUGCGGUGGCCUCUAAUUCCUCGCAUAACUAUAAAUAAUAAUGAUUAAUAGUUGCCCA